UAAACGAAGCGUCUCUGUACGGAGGCCGAGAGGGGAGUGGCGCGGCGGAUAGAGCAGAAAGACAUUGAAAACACCAAUAUCAUUUCAGUUCAUCUGAUUAUAGAGGAUAAUAUUUUAAUCCGCCGGUACCGAAGACAAUCGGCGGGGUUCCUUCACGUAGUCUUCCUUUUUCUCCUAUAGGAUGGUGAGCUGAGCAGAGGAAAAGCACAAGUUAUUGGUGAACGCAUCUAUUCAGCUGUUGCCCGUUGUGAAUUAUAGGCGCGUUUGGGCCGCCGGUGCACCGGGCGGCUCCGUGAUCAUGCGGGAAUCAUGUCUUUGUGCGAGACUUGUUUAUGUCGGUUUAAACGCAGUCAAACAUGAAAAUCAUUUCCACGCUGAGUGCCGUGUGAGAUUAUUUUGAUUCUGACACCCGUUCAUACCGGAGAGAUGCGUGAGUAUAAAGUGGUGGUCCUCGGAAGCGGCGGGGUCGGUAAAUCCGCUCUCACCGUGCAGUUCGUCACCGGGACGUUUAUCGAGAAGUACGACCCGACCAUCGAGGAUUUUUACCGUAAGGAGAUCGAGGUGGACUCGUCGCCGUCGGUGCUGGAGAUCCUCGACACGGCGGGCACGGAGCAGUUCGCGUCCAUGCGGGACCUGUACAUUAAAAACGGACAGGGCUUCAUUCUGGUCUACAGUCUGGUCAACCAGCAGAGCUUUCAAGACAUUAAACCGAUGAGAGAUCAGAUCAUCCGAGUGAAGAGGUAUGAGAAGGUUCCUGUGAUCUUGGUGGGGAAUAAGGUGGAUCUGGAGAGUGAGCGUGAGGUUUCUGUGAGAGAGGGACAGGCGCUGUCCGAGGAGUGGGGUUGUCCGUUCAUUGAGACCUCCGCCAAGAGCAAGACAAUGGUGGACGAACUCUUUGCUGAGAUUGUGCGGCAGAUGGACUACGCAGCACAGCCGGAUAAAGAUGAUCCAUGCUGCUCCUCCUGCAAUAUACAAUAACCCUCCAAACCAAACACAGAACUCACAUUUCAGUAGCUUUCAUUGACCUUCUAGUGUCUGUGUUUUUCCAUCAUCUACAGACUUUAAAUUUGGGCUGACUCAACCACAGGAAAUGCACUUGCCUUAUGUCUCACAUUUCUUGUAUUUACAGGAUCCUGCAGUGGGGAUGUAUGAUAUUUUACGUUUUGGGUUUUAUGGUCUUGAUGAUUUUAUCUGAAUUUGUCACCAGGUGAGAGACCUAGAGAAGAAAAGGGUUCUUAGCCAUAUGCUAAGUGUUUUAUCCAUAAUUAUUUAAAGGUGAUAUGUGUAAUUUUUUCACUGUUAAAAUACUUUCUCCUAUCCCACCUUUCAGUGGAUAGACAGCUACGAGUAAGCUGUUUGUAGGUUUAUUCCCCUGAAAAAAGUGUAAACACUGUGGCGCUAUUAAAAUAUUGAAACUUCCAACAUUGACUCAAGCAAUGGUGUGAGUUUGGAGCAGAACUAUCUGUUUUCUCGUGUGUGUUCGUGAAAGCUAAUUGAAAACUGUUGUUAUUUUUGCCAGUAUUUUUGGUGACAAUAGUGGCUAGAAAAUUACACACUUCACCUUUAAUGAUUAGAUUUUAACAAUCAGUUAAUUGAAGAACAGAUGCCUAAAAACCAUCUGUUUCUCGAAUGAGUUGCCUACCUAAAGAGCAUUUUAAGCCAUCAAAGGCAUGCUCCUGACACAAAGGCACCUCCCAAAAGUAGGCCGAAUAAUUACUUAUGUUGCGUUCCAUUCUUCUAAGUUCCAAAAUGCGUGCCGAUUAAAGAUUGAGGCAUUUUAUUUUCUUUGAUAUUGAAUGUUUAUGUUCAGUAAUGUUCACGUUGCAGUUUCUAAGUUGGUUUUCAAGUUUGUUCCAAGUGUCAUUGCACUUUUCCAAAUGAAAAGUUGGAUGUUCCAACUUUCCUAGUUUAAUGGAAUGCAGCAUAAGGGGCCGUUCAGACCGAACGUGUUAUUGUGCUUAAAAAGCUAGAUGCAGCGCAACAAAUAAAACAACGCACCAUGCGUUUUUAAACGUUAAAGAUCUUUUUAACUUAACAUGGCAUCUGAAAAUGCAGUACUUUGGCAUGAGACGCAAAAAUGCAUUCGGUGUGAACGGCACUAAAUUGACAGGUCAUGGGGUGGAAGACAUUUCUACCAACACAAUCCGUUUUUGUUUAAAAGCAUUAAUUUCGCCAUGUUUAAACCUUUCAUCCAUGCUAGAACGGCGUUUUCCUCCACCGAAAAUGGAGCAUUUCGAAAACGCUCUCCAUUACCACAUAGUUUGGAGAACGAUGACGUUAAAAAAAACUGAAAUAAAACAAGAGGUUUCAAAACAAAACGGAUUAGUGUGGAUGUGGCUUAAUUCUCUCUUGCGCGCUCUCUAUAUCACUCCUUUCUCGCACGUCUCUUCAGUUUCUCAGCCCCCUUUCUACACUCACUAUCUUCAAUAUUCUGCCAUGGAUGUAUGGGUCAUUGAUGCUGAUGAUGAUUAUUAUUGGUGGACUGUAAAUUGAAAAAUUAGGUUAAGCUUGGACCUCCAGGAUGAACAGACAAAGAUUAAGAAGAUUGAUGGUGUGCAUAUGAGUGUAUGUCUAUUUGAGUGUAUGUGUUUGAAUAGAGAGCUCUGAGUCAGUAUUGAUUUUAUAUUUUUUUGUAUGGACGUGUGCUCAACUAUCGUGAACGACUGAAUGGUGACACUCUUUUGUUUGGCACCUAAAUAAAGUACAUUCAACACU